UAUAAAUAAAAUGCAUAAUAGGGAACAACAGGAUUUGGGGUAUCCGAAUGCCCAGCCAGCUGGGUAUCCGGCUGGAUAUCAGCCGCAGGUUGAUGUGGGAUACCAGCAACAGGUUAAUGUAGGAGGUCAGCAGCAGGUUAAUGGAGGAGGCCAGCCUUCUUAUGAACUUGCUGUGGCUAGAGAUGAUAGAAAGAGCAAGAAUUUUGGGAUUAAAGUGAUUGCUUGGAUUCUGAUGGUUCUUGGAGGGAUCUCACUUAUUGUCAACAUUUUUCAAUUCAUAUCAGCCUUUGUUAACCUGGGUAAUCAAAGACAUGGGUCAGGGAACACUCUCAUGACUGAAGGAUUCCCAGGACUUUUUGGAAAAGCCAUUGAUGUUAUCGCUUCUGGACUGGUAGUUUAUCAAGGAUAUCUUACCUUAAAGACAGCUAAGGAAGAUCAAAGUGAAGCAACUAAGAAAAUGCUGAAGUAUAUAAUCUAUUUUGCUGUUGCCCAUUUGACACUCAGAAUAAUUCAAAUGAUAGUUAUUUUGGUCCUUUUGGUUCCUCUAACUCAAGGUCAGCAGGUUGAUGUUGAUGAAGAAAAUAAGGUCAAUCUCACAACUGUUCUAUUCACAGUUAUGGGUUUUACAGUAAUAUGCACUUGCUGUUGUCUCCUAUGCUAUUGUGGAGGAAUCUAUGCAUAUCAUCGUAGCUACAAGAAAUCCCAAGAGAGAUAUGAAAUGUUGGAAAGAAGCGUUAACCAGAACACAAACGCUCCAAAGAUGGAUUAUGGUCACAUGCAAAAUCAAAUGGUUUAA